AUGUCUACACUAAGCAGAUCUAGGGCGACUCUUUCACCAGCAACUUCUGAAAGAUCUACUCUGCCUAUGGGAGCAACAGCUGAUGCUGGAAGCCAAGAAUUUACCCCAUUGGAACCGACUAGGGAGCAGCUACUUGCACAUUUCUUUGAGCGAUUUAAAUUUUACACUUCUUUAUGUCUUGGCACAUCAGCUAUUCUCGCUGUGUUUGCUUUUUUAUUCCUCAUUCCAUUUGUGGUGGAACCAGCCAUACAGACUAUACUUGCUGAAUUCGCACCGGAAGCCGGAAUAUGUAGUGUAUCAGAUCAUGUUUAUGCUGAGACUCUGACUAAUUGUACCUGGGCGUCGUGUAGAGAAGGCUGCACAACAAUGCCUACAAGGUGCCACAAAAUCCGAGUUAACUUAGCAAGGAAACCAUUUGUUGGAAACGAAACACUACCAAUAGAGUGGGAUGAAAUCGAUUUGAAAUUUCUUAUAAAUCCUGAAGGAUGUGGAUAUCCCCCAAAAGUGAACUGUUCGGUGUUUGCUAUUGAAUAUGCUGGUAGAAAAGCGCCGAAAAUAUUUCCUUGUUUCUAUAGUAUGACUCGACCUGAAUUGGUAGUGGCAAGAUAUUCUUGGGAAUCAACGAUACGAGGGUUAAUACUGGCCCUGGUUCUUCCAACAACAGUCUUUGUGUUUAGUUUAAGUGUCCUUGCGUACUGGCACUGCCACUGUUGCGACAGGGCUUGUAACAGACGGGUACACGCUGAAUCAUUUACGAGCAAAGAAGAUAGUAAGUUGCUCUGUGAACUGGACGAUGACCCAACCGAUGAUGUAUUCUGA